UUGGGGUUAUUUGUGGGCUUAUUAAAGGUUAUCGAAAUAUUGAAAGCUAAUAUUGGUUACCAUCUUGGAAAUAGGAGCAUGUGUUCAGAAGAUGGAUCUACGUGUCUGACUGCGGUUGACAUUGAGGGAAAUUGUUUAAUCGUCUAAUGUAAUUGUAUACCUUUACAAAUAUUGACUUGAAAAAAGCUUGACUAAAUAUUUAAUACACACAGUUAAUAAUAUUGGAAUAGUGGCAUCUUCUUUCUUUCUCUCUCUCCAAAAUGGACAAGGUUCCGAACGACAAACGAAAGGUGGAAAGUGUUGAUGCAAUGAAAAUCUCUGAGAAAUUAGUUGACUAUUCGGAUGAUAAAACAGACGACGUUUUGUUUAAAGAACACAGUGAGAGCAUAUAUCAGACUUUUCAGAAAAUCGGUGCGUUCGACGCGCCCUUGAAAUUUAAGCAUUUAAGCGCAUAUAGACACUCGCAUCAUAUGCAUGAAGAAAUGCUGAUGUCAAAAAGAAAGCGUUCUUCUAGUCCUUGUGAUGAAACAGAUGACGUCAUACAUGUAAAGAGACGUCACAUUAGAGACACUGAAGCUAGCACUGGGAGUAGUGAACAUCAUAGUGACGUCAGCGUAAAUUCAGACGUUGACGACUUAUCUGACAAUGGCGUGGAAGGAAGUAAUCACAGUGAACGGGUGAGAAACGUUAAUGACGACAUCAAUGUGAUAGGCGAAAACAAAGUGAUCGCGACAUCAUUUUCAGUGUCGGACAUUCUUGACCCGAAUAAGUUCGUGGGGUGUGGUACUGGGAGAGUAUGGCACCCGUGGUUGAGGGACGAGGGGGUCAGGGACUACACGAAAUCUAGACUGGAUCAGGUCCCUCCGAGUUUAACAGCUGCAUCCGGUGAAAAACGAAUGUCGCCAAAAGACGGCUCCCAACCGGAUGUUCGCGACCACAGCUUCUCUUCCGAUGACGACGAAUGCGGGGGGAGUCUGAUAGCCUCUGACCUUGACGACAGUGCCGACGCCGACCACAGGCACCAGACGGACGAUGGGUCCAAGGGCGGUAAACCGCGGCGCGCGCGGACGGCGUUUACGUAUGAACAACUCGUGGCACUGGAAAACAAAUUUAAAACUACGAGAUAUUUAUCAGUGUGUGAACGACUGAACUUAGCUCUGUCUCUGAACCUCACAGAAACGCAAAUAAAGAUAUGGUUUCAGAAUAGGAGAACAAAAUGGAAGAAACAAAAUCCGGGACUUGAUGUGAAUUCUCCCACAAUUCCGUCAACCGGAAAUCCAUCAUUCGGUGGCUCUCCUUUUGGUGGGAUGCUCUACGCUCACCACGGAAUGCACCCGUACUUCCCCCUUAGUUCAUAUGGACUUUUGAAGGCACGGGCGGCUUUUGGAGCACCACUUUCGGUUUUUCCGCAACACUUUUCACAAAACGUUUGA